UACUCUUUUUUUUCUCCACAGCAGCUUACCCAAGGAUCGAGGAAGCGUAUCCUUUUCUCCCGUAAACUUGAACCAGAAAAUCUGCAAAAUUAUGAGAGUAUGAUGAAACAGAAUGGAACAGCCUGGUCCUACUAACUCUUCCUAUAAGGAUCCCGAUGAGACUAUACGUGACCUUAUUGGCCUGAUCGGGGCAUACUCAGGAGAGCAGGGAGCACAGCGAGGCUUCCUUGCUGCCCAUGCCAACCAUCUGAGUCAUCAGGAGCUGGUAGAGAGAGCCAGAAGAGUACCGGUACCUGACCAAGGUGAUGGCCAUCGGCACCAAGCAUUCAACUACCUGGUGGCCGCUGCUCAAAGAUAUGGCCUCCCUCUGCAGGAAGGUGGGCUUACUGCAGCAUACUCCAGAGGAGAGGUCCCUAGCCAGCCUGAAGAAAGAUCCUUGCCUGUUGCACCCCAUCACAUCCAUCUACCCAAUCAAGAGAUGAUGGAGAGGGCACAUUCUGUAGGGGUUGAGAGACGGCUGUCUGCUGGUAGCCAUCAACCAGAACCCUUGCAUUACCAUUCUAAUGCACCCAGUCAUGCCCAGCAUGCAUACCAAAGACCUGCUUCAGCAGGACCGUUGGUCCAUCGUCCACCCAUGCACCAGGAGAUAAUGACUAACAAUGCCCCUCAUUCAGCAGAUUCAAUCGUCAGAGAAGCAUAUGUAAGAUCAAUGGCUGGAGAAGAAGGAGAUCAACCAGAUUACUUACAUCACUCUGGAGGACAGUCUACCACUCGCCAAACUGAUAGCACAUCUGUCAUUCAAAAAGCGUAUGAGCAGGUGAUGGGAACCCAAGAAUCUCCUGCUUCUCCGUCUCCUCCUGCACCUUCACUUCAGGCUCAACCUAAUACAGCUACCAUCACUGUGUCUCAGCUAGAGAUCCUCAGUCGCCAACAACAGCUACAACAACAACAUCAUCCGCCUCCUCUGCCUCCUCAGUCUGCUCGUCAUGGCAACGACCACAUAAAAAUACCCACCAGCUCUGAGAAUAUUGAACCUCAACAACCAGACGUCAAGUCCCAGCAGGAUAAACAGGAGAUUGAAUUGCGUCCUACAACUGAAAGCACCGGUAGCCUGGAGCAGAGAGCACCAGAACCCGUGGCAGAACAACAAGUACAGCAGUUUCCUCGAAGGGAAGGUGAUGAGAAGGGUGAAGGCCACCAAAAUGGUGAUUCCAUUGAAAGCACAGGUAAGACUGUCGAGUCUGGGUUAGUCAAUUUUGGAGUGAAGCAGAGUACCAAGUGUGCCAGCUGUCUGGCCGCAUUCACACCAGCAGACGGUGAGGUUCAACCAGGGGUUCUCCCUCUGUGCCACACGUGUCUGGAGCGGUUUACCAGUACCCUACCGAGAUGUAAAGAAUGUGGUAAGAAGCUCACAACAGAUGAAAGUCUUAUUACUCACCAGUGUGAUGGGCAGGGGGAAAGUUUUAUGUGUGAGGUAUGUGGGAAGGUAUUCAGCUUGGCUAAACACCUUUCUCGUCAUAAGGUUGUCCAUAACCCCUUCAAGGCUCACGAGUGUGCCCAUUGUGGAAAGCGAUUCGGACGGAUGGAACAUCUGAAACGUCAUCGGCUCACCCACGCAGCCAACAAGCCUUAUAUGUGCGACAAGUGCGGGAAGACGUUCAGUCGCAGUGACAAUCUCAACACUCACAAGUGCAAUCUAGGCGAACCUCGUCCCAGACAGAAGAGGAAGCCUCUCACUUUUGAAGACACUGGAGAAGUUCAUCCCUGCGACAUGUGUGACAAAAAGUUCCCCACCCAUCAGAAGUUGAAGCGCCACAAGCGACAGCACAGUCAGUCUAAACCCCACCAGUGCAACCAGUGUGAAAAGUCCUUUUCAUGCAUAAGUCAUUUAAAGCGCCAUAAGAUGGGUCAUCUUGGAGUGAAGCCGUUCUCGUGUACUCUCUGUGGAAAGUCCUUUGGCACAACCAGUCAUCUCAACAGACAUAUGAUGACGCAUACUGGCAGCAGCACUCUGUUCAAGUGCAAGAAGUGCACUGCAUUUUUUAGCACGUCGGAACAACUCAAGGAGCACUACCAAAUACACAUGCAACAACCACAUCCUCCCAUCAGCACCAACAGCCACUUUCCUCUCUUACUCAACAAGGAUCCUUCGAAUGAAGAUACCAGGCAGAGUCAUUUUCCUGUACACUAUGAAGAGGCUGAUGAUAGGGAGCACAACACAGAUAUGUACUGCUGCCACAUCUGUAAGCGAUACUUCAAUAACCCUAUCAGUCUGAAUCAACAUAAUUGCUUUCCUGCAGAUGAGAGCCAUAAUCAUGGCUCUUCCAUGCAAGAAUCUUUUACAUCUCCUCCUGCUUCAGGCAGUAGUAACCAGUACAACUCAGAAAUGACAUCCCCACCCUUAUCUGCACCCAUAUCUGCACCCAUAUCUGCACCCCUAUCUGCACCCCUGCCAACUCAGCCCGAGGUAACAGCUCCGGUAUCUACUCUACCCCAGCCCCUUGAAGCUCUUGGAUUAUCAGCCAAGGUUGUACAGCCUUUGCCAUCUCAAAGUUAUAAAGAUUUGGAGCAGACUACACAUCACCUGCUAGCAGUAGCAGAGAAGGCAAGUCACCCAGAGGCGUAUACAACUAAAGAGAAAGGCAACGAAUCAGAACAAGACUUACCCAGAAGUUUAAACGAGAUAGAUCCUAGUAAAGAAAUUGCAAACGAGAAGAUCCAGUUGAUACAUACUGUGAUCAAGGACCAAACCUUCACUGAUGAAGAAAUUCAGAAAAGACUCUUUACAUGUAAAGUGUGUGGUAUUUUCUGUGGUUCCCUAACUGGUCUCCAGCUGCAUGUACAAGUCCAUACACUUGAACGCCCGUUUAAGUGCGAAACUUGUGGCAAACGAUUUAGAAGACAAAGUCAUAUGGAACGUCAUCGCCUCAUCCAUUCUGGUGUCAAACCAUAUUCAUGUGAUAUUUGUGAGAAGACGUUUACCCGUCCUGAUAACCUGAAUUUCCAUCGAAGUACUCAUUUCAAGAAUGAGGAAUGUGAACCGAUUCCCUGUGGAACCUGCGGAAGAAAGUACCCAAAUGUUGAAAUGUUUGGAAAGCACAAGUGCAUGGAUCCAGCAACAGCUGCCAAAUUGCCUGUUCAUCUUCGCCCCAAAGUGAAAAGGUACUACAUUGGUGAGAAUGAAGAAAAACCAUGUGACGUGUGUGGCAAGGUGUUUAGGUCGGGAAGCAGAUUGACGAGACACAUGUUGAUUCAUUCUAGGCCGAACAGCUUCAAAUGUGAUGUCUGCUCUAAGGUCUUUAAUAGGCGUGAUCACUUAAAGAGGCACCAGCUUACUCAUUCAGGCAUCAGGCCAUACGGCUGUACUCAGUGUGGCAAGCGGUUUGUACGCAAUGAUCAUUUGCAGCAUCACAUGCGUUGUCACCUCAUUAGUGAGGCAGGGAACAAGGGCAGAGGAGGAGGAGGAGGAAGGGGCAGAGGAAAAGGCAGAGGGAGACCAAGAGGUGUCGGGAAAGGGAGAGGAAAACUGGCCCCUGUUAAACCAGAUAAUGCUUUCUUCUGUCACGUAUGUGGGAUGAGAUUCAGCAACAUGCCAGAGCUGGAGCAACAUGAAUGUACCAACAAUUCCCCAAGUCAAGCUGUUAUGACGGUCCCAAAGCCUCUGCAAAGGAUCAACCGUAGGAAGCGCAAAACAAAGUUGCACGUGACAAAGAGAAAGAUAAACGAAGGACCCACAGUCAAAGAAGAAGAUGAGCAAGAUAUUGGGAUUAACGAUGAAGCAGGACCAUCUCGCAGAAAGAGUGCCAGGCCAAGGAAAAGUACAGCUAGAAGGUUCAGUGCAGUCUUAACGAGUGAUGUCAGCGACGAUGAAGGCGCCAAAGGGACGGUUGCUUGGGAUCACGAUAGUCCAUACCCUAGUAGAAAGAUAGGCAACCUAGAACCAAGAGAGAAACAACUGCGGUCCUGUAGAGAAAACAAGUUGCACACUUGUGACAUAUGUGGGAAUGUAUUUCAUCACUUCCAAAUUUUUCAACAGCAUCAGAUGAUCUGCGCGUACAAGACUUCGUCAAUGUAUUAUGAUGAACCAGAGCCCGAGCCAGACCAAGGCCUAGACCAAGGCCCAGAACCAGAGGAUCUAGAUAGUGAAGUAGAGGAAGGGGAAAUAAUAGGUCCACAACCGGCUCCACCUGUUGGCAAUGCAGUCGUCCUUGCAGGCCAGGUAUCAAAUAGCACCGAAGAGGAAGUCACAUGUGGUGUUUGUGGGAAGUCUUUCAACAAGAUGGAAAAGCUUAUGAGGCACGUCAAGAUUCACACAACAGACAAAAAGUAUGAAUGUGAAUUUUGCAAGAAGUCGUUUGGUCGUUCAGAUCAUCUUGCCAGGCACAGGCGUACUCACACGGAGAAAAAAUUCCACUGCAAGAGAUGUGAUGACAGGUUUAAAGAUGUCAAAGAAUAUCGUCUACACAUGGAAACCCACAAAGAGAUUCCUGUUGAGAAGGCAUAUUCUUGUACACUGUGUGAUAUGUCAUUUCCAAAGCACACUACUCUGAUCAAGCACAAACUGAGCCACAAUGUUGAGGGUCAGCAUCAGUGCAAGAAAUGUGGAGAUGUACAUCCAGACGAGACCUCUUUAGAAUCUCACGAAUGUCAGCAAGACGAAGAUAAGGUUCACUCGUGCUUAGAUUGUGGAAAAGGCUUCAAGACAGUGUAUGCUCUCACUCGUCAUCUCUUUUGCCACACUGGUUUGCGCCCCUACGAGUGCGAGAAGUGCGGGAAAAAGUUCACACGCAGCGGACACCUGCGACGCCACCAAAUUUCACACUCUGAUGAAAAACCUUACGACUGUGACCUCUGUGAUAAGAAGUUCAGAAGAAUUGACCAUAUGCGAAUCCAUAAGAAGACACAUGAAAAGAAAGCAAGAGAGAAGAGGGAACCAUCUGAAAGGCCAUAUGGAUGCGACAUCUGCAACAAGAAAUUCCGGACAGAGCCUGCCCUGGAGAGGCACAAGACUCGCCACACGGUGGAACGCCGCUACAUGUGUGAUAUCUGCGGUAAAACCUUCAAGCGAAUGGACAACUUGAGGAUGCAUAAUCGGGUACACACGGGAGAAAAACCACAUACCUGUCAGGAAUGCGGCAAGCAGUUCUCACAUCACACGGCAUUGAGAGGCCACAUGCGCACUCACUCUGAUGAACAACCAUACGUGUGUGAGAUCUGUGGACGUGCCUUCAAGCAUCCACACAAUAUGCGGUCUCACCAAUAUGUGCAUGGACUCCAGAAACCUUUUAACUGUGAACACUGUCAAAAGCCAUUCAGAGACACUUACCAUUUAAGGUUGCACAUUUCUAGAUGCCAUGAUCCAGAUAGAGUUAGAAAGCCCCGUGGUGGAGGAAGGAAAUCAAGUUCUGCUACAGGGGGUGCUACUGCUGCUGCUGCGAGUGCUGCUGCUGCUGCGGCUGCAGCUGCAGCCAACGCCAACAAUCUGAUUAUCAAUCCCAACCAGCAAGCAGAACAAAAGCCUGUCAUAAAUUCCCCAGUUUCAGAAGCAGAACCUUCUGCUACCCCUCACCAGUCUACCGAGAGCCCAUCCCCCGUCCCUUCAUCACACCUGAAGAAGAAUCCUUUGGCGUGUGAGAGAUGCCACCUAGCUUUUCCAAACCUUGAACAUCUUCACACUCACCAAUGCCCAGCACUAUAUCAUAUGUCUGCUCACGUGUCUCAUACAUCUCAUAGCUCCCAUAGUUCCUUUAACUGCAAUCGCUGCAACCGAACAUUCCAAGACUCUCAUCAGCUGAGGAUGCAUCUGCUCACGCACAAGGAAGAUCCCUCUGUCAUCUGUGCCAUUAGUGCCAUCCAGGAGAACUUUGAGGAACCUCAGGCUAUUCAGCAAAGGUACCAGAUGGCUGUACACCCAGAUCACCCGGGUCCACUGGCGUACACCGUGCCCCAUCAAACACCCUACAUGAUAUCCCAGUCUAAUCAGCUUGCUUACUCAGUUGCCCACUCUCUGCCCAACCCUAGGGUCCAUGGCGCUCAUGGAGAAGUGCCAUCUUACCAGAUGCUCUAGAUGGAAGAGCUAGGACGCCCUCUGUAUAUACAUCCACUGAAAUGGGAAAUGACAUGAUGAAUAUACUCCACAUACGUCAGUAUUCUUGUACAAUGAUAGCUGUACAAUCUUUAUUUCAGUAAUUCAGAUUUUCAAAUUUAUGGCUUUAUGCCAUGUGGUGCUCAGAUCUCCCUUUACUUCUAGUCAACUAUAUGUUCAGGGAUGUCGUUAUGAAUUUGUAUGUCAAACAGAUCUUCAGAAAUGAAAUUACAGAGAAAGUCUGUUUUCAUGAAGAUGUUGGUAUCUUAUAUUUCAUAUAUAAAUGAAUAUGAAAAAAGUAUUGUGAUGAUGAUACUACAUCAUUGAUUGUGGAGCUAGUUUGGGAAUGAUUUUUAUUUUGGCAUUUUCUCUUUUCUAAAAGGCAUUUAUCCUAACUUGUAUUACAGUAACCAGUAUGAAGGGCUCAGUCAAAGAUCCAUUUGUAUGAACAAGUCAUUCAGGGAAUGUCAGUUCACUGAUUGUUAAGCUUGCAAUUAUGGUGAACACCAUAUGAAUUUUGGAGAGGUUCAGAGUUUGUUUGUGUUAUCUGGGGAGACCUUUCUAGAGAUGAUCUUGCCAUAUAUGAAGUCUCUCCUCAAAGAUAAGAUCAUUUUAAUUGUAACAUGACCCAAGCAAUUAACUUGUAUAAAUGUGAUGUGAUAUGUGUUUGUAAGAUGACUAUAUGUCUUUAUAUUGCAUGCCCUUAUUAAACAGGAGUGUACAUAGAUUGUCUUGAAUCAUGUAAAAUAUGAAUGUUCCUAUAUUUAGAUUGUAAUAGCCUACAGGAAGUCCAUGGUUUAUGUACUGAUGGAAGUGUGUUUUUGAAUGUAGUAUUACAUUAUAACAAUGUGUGGACACACAUUAUAGUUAGAAAAUAUUAUACUCUAUGUAAAUACGCUGUUUGUGCAUUGGAGAUAAUGCACAUCCAUGAUGUUUCUCAAGACUAGAGAGGUGUCUUUGAUUAGUAUAUGAAAUAGAAAAGAGUUUUACUUUAUCAUAUAAACCUUUUGACCUUUAUAUCAUUGAACAUAUAUUGUAAUGUAUGGAUGACUUUAUUAUAUAUUUACAGGUGAAGUAUGCUAUAGAGUACAAUUUAUGUCGUGUUUACAAAUGACAACAAAGAUUUUGCGCCAAUGUAUGUUAAGAUGUACUUUUGUGAUACAAUAGUCGAGGAGCCUGUCCCAAAGUGUAACCUCAUCAAGUCCAUACAAUGUGGAAGUUAAUGAGUCAUUCUAAGUCAUUAGACAAAAGUCAGUCACAAAAGUUGUUUGCCUAACUGUAGCUGUCAGAUUUGACAUACUACCACCCCUGAAUAAAGGUCAGGUAAAUAUCACCCAAUUUAGUCCUGGGACCAAUUUUUGUCACACAGAAGUUUUUAAAGCUGUGUAUCACAAGAAAUUGAAAACUGGAUCCAUGUAAUGGUACGGUGGUGAAAAAGUAAUUUCAAUUUUAGAGGGGUGAUGUGAGAUGAAAAAUUAAAUUUGAAGUCCAAUUUUCAAAAUGGCUACUAAUUUGUUCAUGGCAUACAUGCAGAUCGUGGUCUAAGUAGUUCUAAAGUGGUAAUAUUUAAUGGGCUAAAUGUUCCAACUACUUUGAGACAGGCUCUUAACCUACAAUCAAUGAUAUGACAUUAUUAUGUAAAUGCAUGAAUUAUGUGCAUGUAACUAACUAAUUAUUCUAAAUUUUAUUUGAAUCAUCUGUUUUUAUAUGUAUUUAUUAUGGCAGAAUCCAAUGUGUGGAAUGAGUGGAAUGAAAUAGGGGGUACUAAUUUUUCAUGUUUUAUUUUAACAAUUAGUAAGUUAAUCAUGUGUGGUAUUUGUAUGUGACAAUUUGCCUUGUUGUUCAAAGGUACUAUUUAUCUUUUAUAAAUUCAUUUUAAACAAAUCAAGCUAAAAUAGAUUAGUAGUGAUAAUAUAAGAUUAAACUUUAUUGAAGUAUCUCCUCGAGUCUUGGUGAUAUUGAUGUCAAUAAGUUUAGGCUUAUUUGUACUACUGUAUGAAUAGAUUUCUUAUCUUAUCAUUCUUAUUGAAAAUGGACAUUUUAGAUUUUUUUUUUAAUUCAAGGAUUUUGCCCCUCUCUGGUAUAAGUUUUCUGAUAGAAAUUCAACACAAUUCAUUUCCCUUGUGGAGGUGUUGUGGUAUAGUGGUUCAUUCACUUGUAUCUCAGUCCAAGGGUUGAGGGUUCAAAUGCUCCAAGUGUUCGAUUCGAUUCAUUGCAAUGUGCUUUGAUCAUGGUCCAGGACUGACAGCUUGUGUCGUAGUCCUUGGAUUUUGUUAAAAGCCUUUUUGUAUCUGCACAAUCAUGUAGUAUUUGUGGUCUUUUUUUUUUUUACCUGUACGAGUUAAUGAAAAUCAUGUGAAUGACUGUAUCCUUAUAUACA